GUCCGGCCGCCUGCUUUGCUGCCCACGACCACGGUUACGUUGGGUAAUCUGUGGUUGUGUUCCAUGCCGUCACAGCAGCCGAUCUGCCGCCGUUCUGUCAGCUGAGAUGCGGAAGAUCAAGCAAGCUGUGAUCAAGCGUCGACUUGGCAGAUCCGAGACGGCAGUUGUUUCGGUCGAAGCCUGCUUGACGUAGCCGGUUGCUGGUGCAGGUGCUAACCAAAACAUUCCAUGAUGCGAGACUCUUAGUAUCUCAAGAAACAACAACCCAGCAACAUGUCGACCGUUUGGAAUAACACGACCACCGAAAACAUCAUCAACGACAACGCAGUGCAAGUAGCUUUCUUCAUGAUCUACACCACAAUCUUCGUUCUAGGCAUCUUCGGCAACGUCCUAGUGUGCUACGUAGUGUUCCGCAACCGGGCUAUGCAAACUGUGACGAACUUAUUCAUCACCAACCUAGCUCUCUCCGACAUCCUGCUUUGUGUCUUGGCAGUGCCCUUCACUCCCCUUUACACCUUCCUUGGAGAAUGGGUGUUUGGGAGGCUCAUCUGCCACCUGGUAUCCUACGCCCAAGGAAUCAGCGUCUACAUCUCCACGCUGACCCUAACCUCGAUAGCCAUCGACAGGUACUUCGUGAUCAUCUAUCCGUUCCACCCGAGAAUGAAGCUGUCCACUUGCAUCAUCAUCAUAGUGAUCAUCUGGAUAUUCUCAGUGCUAGUGACCUUGCCGUACGGGGUAUACGUCAAGCUGAAGUCGGACCAGGACAGCGAUAAGUUCUUCUGCGAGGAGAACUGGCCUAGCGAGGACUGGAGGAGGACCUUUGGAGGCAUCACCACGGCCAUGCAGUUCUUGAUACCCUUCGUGAUCAUGGCGUUCUGUUAUAUCUGCGUGUCUAUCAAGCUGAACGACAGAGCGAGGACCAAGCCGGGGUCCAAGAACUCCAGGAAGGAGGAGGCGGAUAGAGAGAGGAAGCGCAGGACCAACCGAAUGCUCAUAGCUAUGGUGGCUGUUUUCCUCAUCUCCUGGCUACCUCUGAAUUCCAACAACAUCGUCAACGACUUUUAUCUGCAGAUGCAGGACUGGGCCUUCUACCAUUUGACUUUCUUCAUCACUCAUGCCAUAGCCAUGUCUUCGACGUGCUAUAAUCCUUUUUUGUACGCUUGGCUGAACGAGAAUUUCAGGAAGGAGUUCAAGCAGGUUUUGCCCUGCUUCGAUGGACCUGCAGGAAGGAUGGCUUCAUCUUGCAGAUUCGAGAAUUGGAGAUCGGAAAGGACUUGUAAUGGGAAUGAGACUGCGCAGGAGUCGCUUCUGCCUUCUUCUGGAGUUCACAGGGCCGUCUCCAUAAGGGAAAGGAAACUCACCCCGCCGCCCCCCCUGAAGACCGACAGCGUCGAAAUGGAGAGUGUGAUGGUGCCCACCGUGGGGGUGGUGUACGAUUCCGCCUCCGACAUAGUCAGACUCAAGCUCAUCGCCGAGGAGGAACCGCCCCCAUAUGAGGCGGCACCACCAGCAGACGAGUAAAUGUGCUGACGCAAUUAUUGUUUAGAGAUAUUCAAGAAAAACUACUCCAUGUAAUUAUGAUGUGUAUAAAUGUUCGACAGUGCCAAUUUACAGUAGAUAAGAAAUAUAAAUAUAUUAAUUAUUGUAAAAAUAAAUAU